AUGGAGGAAGACCCCGCGACAUCUACGAGUUAUGGGUCGAAUUUUGGCCAGAUUGCAGGCACUAUUGCGAGCCAAUUACCUCGGGAUCCCCAUACAAAGUGGGACCCAGGUGCUCAGUUCAUUAGCCAAAGAGAGACAGACCCGAACAAUGAUUCCGAAGAAACGUACGACAAAAUCCUGGAAUGGAUUUCCCUCUGCGAUCAAGAGCAUAUCCUCUGCUGCCCGGAAAAGCCCACUCCUUUGCCAACCCGAGUCAUAGAUGUCGGACAACGAGACACAACUCAUGACCCUAGACUGCACGUAAGUAGUCCGGACGAUUACCACCCAUACCUUGCUCUUUCAUACUGUUGGGGAGCGGCCCAACCGGUGCAUCUCACGAGCACCAACUUGGAAGAGAUGUGCGACAGAAUUGACAUGUCAGAUCUCCCAAAGACUUUGCAGGACGCAAUCACAGUUACAAGGCAGCUCAACCAUCGUUAUCUUUGGGUUGACUCGCUUUGUAUUGUCCAGAACUCCCAAAAAGACAAAGCCUAUGAGAUAGACCAUAUGGCGGAUGUGUACCGGGGUGCUUACUUGACAAUUUCGGCCGCAAAAGCAUCCAGUUGUGACCAAGGAUUCCUCCAAUCACAGCCUCUGACUCGACAUAACAAGAACCGGCAUCCGUUCGCAAGGCUGCCUCUUCUGUACGGAGAUGUGGAACUCGGUCGAAUUGUAGUCGAAAUGGACACUUACUCCACUGACCCAGAUGAGCCAAUCUAUUCUCGAGCCUGGACCAUGCAGGAACGCUUGCUCUCGAGAAGACAGCUCAUCUAUGGAUACGACGCGCUGAUCUGGAAAUGUCGAACGAGUACGUGGGGAUGGAAGACAUGGACCCGUUUCUGCUUUGAGAAACCACUUGUCGAAUCUCUCGGUAUGCCAUCGACCGAAAUGGUCGCAGCAUCGAGAGCCGAGUACUCCAAGCAGGUCGCUGGCGAACUUUCUCUAUGCAAAAACCCGGAUUAUGGCAAGCACGGAAAACAGCGAACGGCCGGCUGGCCAUAUUUUCUGGAAUAUUGGCACAAUAUCGUCUGCUUGUACUCGUCGUUGAAAUUGUCGGAAUACACAGACAAAUUACCAGGGGUUGCUGGUAUAGCUGCCGAAGUAUCACACCUCUCCGAUGCCACCAACAUUUCCGCAGGAAGAUAUCUAGCUGGAUUGUGGGAAGCAGACCUACCUCGACAGCUGCUCUGGACAGUAACAUACCGCUCCAAGCCAGAAACGGGUCCCUAUCGUGCGCCAUCGUGGUCGUGGGCGUCGACUGCUGGGAAUUCAUACGCCCGUUACCCUUUUGUGAUUGAUGAAUACCUUUCGCAACCGGCUGCCCAAAUCUUAGAAUGUUCGACCACACCCCUUCAUGCCGGGGCACCUUUCGGACAGGUCAAAGAUGGCUUCUUGAAGAUCAAGGCCCGGUUGGUCAAGGGCACGUCUAUGAGCGAAGAUUUGUUGUCCAGAACCGCCAAUUUGUUGUCCGGAAACUUUGUGGUAAUCACAAACCAUCGAGAAUUCUGCCAGAUGGACUUGUUUGACUCGGCGGAGACUGCUAGGGAAAGAGCCCUCGCAUCGUGGAUGGCCCAGCUUGGAGAUUGCUGUGGUCUGAUUCUGGAGAAAGUGGUACCCGGUGAACAACUGUUUCGGCGGGUGGGGAUUUUCCAUUCGGAGACGACGUCUUUUCCAGACGUUGAGCCAUCGGUGUUCACCAUUAUCUGA